UGGAGGGGGAGGGGAAGGAAGCGGAAGGAGCCGCCGCCGCCGAGCUGAGGGGAGCAGGCGCUGUGCGGAGCCGCCGCCGCCGCCUGGUGCGGGCAGCACGGAGGGAGCGAGCAGCGCGCAGGGCUGAGCGGGGCCGGCAGCGCCGAGGAGCGGGAGCCAGUUUUCAAAAUCUUGCUAAUGUGAUGGCGUAAACUUGUAAAAAGACACUUGGAUUACAUCGUGGAUGUCGGCAAUGGUGUGUGAUAUUACUGGGGUGGCGCAGUGAGAGUCUGCUGUGUGAAACAUCGGAAGUUUAUACUACUUCUAGUUCUGCAAUGGUUUCCUAAUGAGUGGAUCACGAUGAACAUACGUUAGGGACUUGCCAUAGUAUGGCUGCUUCUCGAUCUACUCGUGUUACAAGAUCAACAGUAGGUUUAAAUGGCUUGGAUGAAAACUUUUGUGGUCGAACAUUAAGAAAUCGUAGUAUUGCUCAUCCAGAGGACGUUUCACCCCAUCCUCAAGUACGGUCAAGGUCACCAAAGAAGAGGCCAGAUUCUGUGCAAACUCAGAAGGGAAGCAAUGGUGGAAGAACUACUGAUUUGAAACAACAGAGUGCUCGGGAAUCGUGGGUGAGCCCUAGAAAGAGAGGACUCUCUACUUCAGAAAAAGACAAUGUUGAUAAACAGACUGUGGAAAAUUGUGAGAAAAGACAAGGAGAACCUGUGUCACCAGUUUUGAAAAGAAUUAAACGCUGUCUACGUUCAGAGGCACCCAACAGUUCAGAAGAAGACUUGCCUACUAAAACAGAUAAGGAAUCUUUGGAGCGUAAAAGCUUAGUGUCGGACAAUGAUGCAGUCUCUCCUGGGACUAAGAGAGCUUGUCGAUGUCUUAUAUUGGAUGAUUGUGACAAAAGGGAAGUUAAAAAGGUGAAUAUCUGUGCAGAGGGAUUUAAUAAUUCUGCAAUAGUUGAAGAAAUCACAGGCUAUCAGACUGUCAAUGGAGUUGGUGAGAGAGACCCAAAUUCUCUCAACUGUGAUGACUGUCAGUUUGAUGGGAACUCUAAGCAAAACAGUGCUGGCUCCUGUAUAUCCAAGGACAAAACAGUAGCAGAAAAUGGAAACUCUUUAGUCCAUUCUUCUUUGUUGCUUAAUAGCAGCAAGGAGGACAGUGUUGUAGACCAUUAUGUGCCUUGCACAAACUCUCAAGAACAGGUAAAGUUAGAGGACCACAAAAUAAUAAGUGACUGUUUGCCUGAGGAGCAUGCUAAUCAGGCAGAUGAGCCAGCUACUGGGUCCUUUUCUGAAACCCAGUCAUCUUUGUUGAGGGAUUCUGAGGAGGAAGUAGAUGUAGUAGGGGAUAGCAGUGCCUCUAAGGAACAGUGUGCUGAAAACACCAAUAACAACCCGAAUACUCAUCGUGACAGUACAUCAAUCUCAGGUGAACCUGAACCACAUUCUUCAGUGCUGGACUGUGUUUCAGCUCAAAUGACAUCUAUUUCAGAACUUCAAGAACACAGAUACACAUUGAGAACUUCACCACGAAGGGCUGCUCCUGCCAGAAGUAGCCCUACUAAAAAUAACUCUCCGUGUAGAGAAAAUGGGCAGGUUGAGGAAAAUAAUAUUAGUCCCACUGAAAAGAAUGUACCUGUAUGUAUUAAUAAUAUCAAUGGAUCUCCCAAAAAUUCUGAAGAAAUUAAACAGAAUGAAAAAGAGAGAAAUUGUAAUACAGAUAAUGGGAGUGAUGGACUAAGAAAGCCUGUUUCGGAGGCUAGGCUUGUUGCUGGAUACGUACCAUCUGCCAAAGAGAGUGCCAACAGCCACACUGCAGAGGAUGAGGAGGAAGAGCCUGAUGUGUAUUACUUUGAGUCAGAUCAUGUGGCAUUGAAACACAACAAAGAUUAUCAGAGACUGUUACAGACGAUUGCUGUACUCGAGGCUCAACGUACUCAAGCAGUUCAAGACCUUGAAAGUUUAGGCAGACACCAGAGAGAAGCACUGAAAGAUCCUAUUGGAUUUGUGGAAAGACUCCAGAAGAAGGUUGAUAUGGGUCUUCCAUAUCCUCAGAGAGUUGUUCAACUCCCUGAGAUCGCCUGGGACCAAUACACCACUAGCCUUGGAAACUUUGAGAGAGAAUUCAAAAACCGAAAACGUAACAGUAGAAGAGCAAAGCUGAUUUUUGACAAAGUAGGUAUACCUGCAAGACCAAAAAGUCCUUUGGAUCCCAAGAAGGAUGGAGAGUCAGUUUCAUACUCUGUCUUGCCUUUAAGUGAUGGUCCAGAAGGUUCUACAAGCAGUCGUCCACAGAUGAUAAGAGGGCGACUCUGCGAUGAGACCAAACCUGAAACUUUUAACCAACUGUGGACUGUAGAGGAACAGAAAAAACUCGAGCAGUUGCUUCUGAAGUAUCCACCAGAGGAAGUAGAGUCCCGAAGGUGGCAAAAGAUAGCUGAUGAACUGGGAAAUAGAACAGCUAAGCAGGUCGCCAGUAGAGUGCAAAAAUAUUUUAUUAAACUGACUAAAGCUGGUAUUCCAGUUCCAGGAAGAACUCCAAAUUUAUAUUUAUACUCAAAAAAGUCAUCAAGUAGACGGCAGCACCCUUUAAAUAAACAUCUUUUCAAACCUUCAACUUUUAUGACAUCUCAUGAACCUCCGGUUUAUAUGGAUGAAGAUGAUGACAGAUCCAGUUUUCACAGCCAUAUGGAUAUUGCAGCAGAAGAGGAAGUAUCGGAUGAAGAGAGUAUUCCAAUAACAUAUCGUGAGUUACCUGAAUACAAAGAACUGUUAGAGUUUAAAAAAUUGAAGAGACAGAAACUACAGCAGAUGCAUGCAGAGAGUGGAUUUGUGCAGCAUGUGGGAUUCAAGGUGCUGACUAGGAUGCCAGACAACCGUUGUGUUCGAAGAGAACAUUCCGGCCCACUUCUGCCACCUUUAUGUUCUGCAGAGGAAAAGGAACUUCAAACUCCAAGGAGAGUAUUUUUGAAAUAGGCAGUGAAAUCCCCCUCAGAUACAGUGUUGUCCUGCAGCCAGCUCCUCUAUAGCCUGUCUGCACUCAACCUACGUGCUUCUGGUCUGAUGACAACCAGGUGAGACUAAUCCUCUGAGGGCAGUGUGAACCUGAUGGCAGACAGCCUGUUCCCUGCCAGUCUAACCAGGUCAGCCUGGGCAGAUUCUUUGUUCCUGAGAUGAGCGGCUCAGUCACGCCUGUGUAGCACAGCAAAACGUAGCUGCCAUACAGGUGGAUGAAUAGAGUGGGAUUAUGGUUUGAUAACUGGUACAUCAUGCAGGCAUUCUUCAAGAUGUUAUCCCCACGUCUGUGGAAACGGCUGCCCUCCUCUUCCUCUGAUUCCUCCCAGAAACCUGACAUAAUGGGGCUGUAGCUUGCAGGGAAUUAAACAGCACUGCGUGAACACUGCCUUGAACAGACAGCUCUGAGCCCGAGGCAGUAAAAUAUGUGAACAUAUUCUUUACAGCUCCUGCAAGGAAUGGUUAUCUGUGCUGGAGCUGCAGGGUGCGUGCCAGCCUGUUGUGAGCAGUUGGUGGCUCCUUCUCCUAAACAGCUCAAAUAGUGAAGGAAAAAACAGAAAAGUGUUUAGUACUAAAUGUGAUACUUUGCUUCUAUAUAUCUAAGCUUAUAUAGAUUAUCAAAUACUCUCAUUUACAUGUAUACAUACAAUUUCUAUGUACUUUUACAUUUAUGUAUAUAAAUGUAUGCGUAUUUGAUGAAUCCUUUCCUCUCUUAAUAUGUUGGAUUCUUUUUUGAUCUUUAUUCUGUAAAUGCAGCUGAAUUAGAUAACCAAUUCAGCCUCAUCAGUGCAGCUGCAUUGCCACAGGUGUCUCAGUGCCCUUUUCUAGAACUGGGAUUGAUACUCAGGUCUAGGUCUAAGCAGCUGUGAGGAAGAAUCAGGUUUAUGAGCUUGGAAAUUGCUGCCCUCUUAUGACUGACUGAAAUUCUGCCUUCCUGACAGUCACAGUAGAAUAUGGACAAGUUUGACUAAUGACAGCCCGGUGCUUCCUGUGAUGGCCUCCCAAAUAACAAAGGUCCAAUUCAUAAAGCUAAUGUAACGUUGUAGCACAAAAGUAACUUAAUGUGGUGCUACUUCACAGCCAGUACAGCAUCAGCAGCACUCUGCAGCUCCAGGGGAGAAAACUGUAUUCUUCAGAUUAUAAGACAACUCAUGAACUAGGACUGUUUUCGAAGUUGGUCAAGGCCAUGUUCUUAUGUUAAAAGCAAGAUUUAGACAGUUUUAUAAAGUGCUUCUUGUUCUGAAAUGUCAAUAUGGCUCUAGAUGACUUCUGAUAUCUAACAAUGUAAUGUGCUUAUAUGAAAUGAUUGAAAUGAUCAUCUUCAUAAUACAGUGUUGCUCGUUCUAGGAUUAAAAUCAGCUUCUUACAUUUACUGCCAUUAAAUCUCCACUUGCUGUAGGUUUGGGAGUCUAGAACCCUACACAUAUACUGCCACUGAGAAGAAACUGCCUGAGGACUGUGGUUGUCACAAAGUCAAACCAAGUCUGGAAUAAACUCAGUGGUUAGAAGCUUCUUGUUGCAGUUAGUUAAGGUCAGCUGUGUUGUUGCUAACAUUUUUAUCUUUGUCAUUAAGUAAGAAAUCCAGGGGAGACAUGUUGCUGCCCUGAUUCGUGUUUGGGGUGAACUUACCUCCGUCUAUUAUCAAUAACUCUACUACUGACGUUUCUGAUGUACUUUUCCACACUGAUUUCUCAUCUAAUGUGUCAAACCAACAAGGGGAGUGACAAAGAAAUGCAUGCUCUUUUUGUUCCUCAAGUGCAUAUCUGUUAGGGUUAAUGACUUUGGCAACCCUUCAAAGAUGGAACUAAAUUAAAUAUCUACUGUCACUAUGACCAUUGAUCCACCCUUCUCUAAAGGGAAAUUUUCACAUUUGCCCCUUCCUACAGGAACUUCUAAUAGGAGACAUUAGCAUGAGAAGGUUCAGAAAAUGGAAGAUGAUGAGGUGGUGGGUGCUGGCUGAUUCAGUGUGGCCAUCUGCUUACAGCUGUGUUUGUUUCAUAAGGGUUAUGAAAUGUUUGUGACAGGAAUCGAAUGAUUUCUACUUAACCAGUAUGAAAAUUCACCUCAUUUUAGGAAGAGUAAAAACCCAACACCAUAACAACAUCACAAGUAAGGAGAAAAGGAGAAAAAGAAGAAAAAGGCUUAUUUCUUACAGUAAUAUUUCUUUUCCUCAGAUGACUGCUUGAAUUGGGAACUUGUAUCUAAGACACCUAUUCUGAUGUUAGGUACAUAGGAUCAGUCUUGUCUUGCUUGACUAGCAAAGCAUCACUCUCCUUUAUUACUUAUUACCCUCCUACCUACUGUCACUUGAAAAAAGCUUUGAAGUAUGAGUCAAACAUUAAAAGCAAUCAUCUUAUUUCCUUUCUUCUCAAUUGACAGAGUGCUAUACAUUCAAAGAUAUUUAAAUCUAGCCAUGUGAAAGCACAAGUACAUGCCUACUAAAUUUUCAAACACAAUUUUCUGUCCAGCUGCCUUUGAAGAUGCUGAGAAAUAAACUUUAAAACAACAAUAUCUACCUGCUUACUACAGCUGUCAUAAUACAGUUCAUUCAUCUGAAACAUCUGCUUCCCACAGAAUUGGGUAGCUUGCAACUGUUGUUUUUGUGAGCAGCGCUUUCAGCACUUCGAUUCCCAGCAAGCUCCUUGUUAAAAAGCAUCUACGUGUCAUUAGCAGCAGGUGGAUGUUCUGUAACUGACCAUUAAAGCAAUUAUGAAAAACUAAGCAAUAUCUCCUAAACGUGAUUAGUUUUUAAAUUAAUUGGAAAUAUCCUAACUCAUAGUCACAACUUCUUUGCCUUCCAGAAGGUGAUUUAGAAUCUUGAUGCCUCAGCAGAAAAGGGUGCAGAGGACACUGUCAUUCUUUGCCCUUUAUUUUGUCAGUUCCCCCCUUUCCUUGUAAGUACAUCCUGAUUCAGACUGCAGGUCUGUGAGCGGCUGGAAGACCCACCAGUGUUUAUUCCUGUCAGGUUCACAGGUAUUUCAUCUGCAUACAAAGGUGCAUAUCUUGUACUUGCACUGCUGUGUAGAAACACUGACAGGUAAUCUUGGUAAAAGGGAAAUUUGAAACAGUUCUGAUCUUGUGGUAGCUUUGUUGUGUCACCGUUCUUGUUCAGAGAUCAGCAGAAUGGAAAAAUGCUCCAUUCCCAUGUAUCAGAUUAGUUAUUUAUUGUGCAUCAACGCACAAUAACUCUGGGUUUAGAGAAUGUCAUAAAAUUCUCAUUGCUUAAAAUGAAAAUGCUGUUGCAACCACACACCUUUGUCUUUUCCAAGUAAAUAGAGCGAAGAGACAGCAGACUGCAGACAAAGCUCAGCCAGACCUGAAUUUUUCUGUCUCCACUGGGUUGAGGAGGUUCCUGCCACUCAUGCGUAAGGCUAUUUUGCAUGCUAAGAAUGAGCAAGCUAAUUUGACAGCGUGGUCUCAAGCACACCUUGAUGUGGCACAACAAACCAGUUUCUCCACUGAGUGCAUAUCAAGCCUUUAAUUUCCACGUCAAACCCUUUACUGGCCUUAUGCCCAGGUCUGAAUUUUAUAUUUGCAUAUUUAAUUUCCUGCCUGUUUCAGGACUGAAAACUUCUAGGCUGGAUUGGACAAGUUAAACACAUACCACCGUUGUGCCACCUACCACCAAUCCAUGGAAAGCUGCCCAACUCUAAAUACACUUCAAAUGGAGCAAUCAAAUCAUACCAAUACGCCAGAGCAAUUUUCUUGUUAAUUCAAUCUAUUUAACAAUUCUAACAAAAGAACACCAUUUAGAAUUAUUACUGUGCUUCGUCACACGUUGCAGUGAGGUGGCUAAAAAAGGCUGAUGCUGAAUUUCAAUGGUAGUCAGGUGGGAUUUAGGUUCUUAAGAUUCCUCUAAAAAUCUCAGCAUCCACUCAAGUCUUUCCUUCCUAAGAAAGACCCUGACUGAAAUCACCAGGGACACACAGCUCACAUAGGCCCUCCACAAAGGCAGGGCAGUGGAAGGAUGUCAUUACACCACACACGGUGUUUGAGUUGUGUGACUGUCAAACUGUACGAGUAAACUAUCUGGAAUCUCUUAUCCACAAAAAUUAUUAUGCAGGAUUUCUUAUACAGACAUUCCUUCAAGAAGAAAAUUGCUUUGUUUCACAGUAUUUGGUGCAUUUACAAAAUUGAAUUCUUUUUAUUAUUAUUUUUUUAGUUAUUCUAACAAUACACCCAUGGUGAGGAGUAUCUGAACCAGAAUAGUUAAUGAAGUCAGCUGCACAGUGUGAGUAAGUGCUUGUACCUACUCCUUGACUUUGACUAUAUGUGGAAAUUAAACUGCAGAAUGGAUUCCCACAACUGUUCAACACAGAAUCAUAAAAUCAUAGAAUCAUUUGAGUUGGAUGGGAUCUCUAAAGUCCAUCUAGACCAACUCCUCUGCAGUGAGCAGGGAUAUCUGCAGCUUGAUCAGGUGCAGUGAGCCUGGGCUGAAUGUCUCCAAGGACAGGGCUUCCACCAUAUCUGGGAAAUCAGUUCCAAUGCCUCACCACCCUAAUUGUAGAAAACUUUCCUAUAUCUAGGCUAAGAUCACUUACACUUGGUUAAAAAAAAUCACAUCCUUUUCCCAUAAACAAUAAAGUGUUACAUGUUUCUUGUAUGUAAGCUACACUGACUUCCACUCCUUGCUGCACACAUACCAGAGCUGCUGGCAUCUACAUGAUUCUGUCUGAAGGUGACAAGAAUAAUCUGGGAGGACUCAUUUUAGAAGCCAACUUUUGCUGAGUAUUUUUGCAGUGUUCUCCAAGUGCUGAUAAAUAGCUGAACUUGUCCACAUCAUAAGGCUUUGGUGUGUGGGGGAGGUCUCUCUCCUUACAUUUGAAAUGGAUGCACAUCUUUGAUAGCAGAUGUGUAUUUUUCAGAUUAGUAAAAAGGAAUGAGGUGGACAUUUCUAUAUGGAGUAUCUGUGUUCAAGAAAAUAGAACACAUUUUUCAACCUUAAAAGGACAUUUUACAUAGUGGUGUUUAUAAAGCUGAUUUGACAGAGCUUUCAUUUUGACAGAGCUUUCAUACCCAACGGUUCCACUCAGAGGAUGGAAGUAUGCUAACACCUACAUUCAUCAGAAGGAACUACAGACAGUGUGCAGACACUGUAAGAGAAAACAGGGUAUGCACUGUUCAGGCAAAGCAUGAUUACUUUUUGACAUGCAAACACAUGAUGAUUCCACAAAAGUAAUGGUAAAAGUACAAAGCACACAUCCAGUUCUGACCCAUAGACUAGACAAGUCCCUUGAGGAACUAGUGUGCUAUGAACUUAAAAGACUGCAUGUUUUGUGAUUGCAUAGAUUGCAUAAAGAAGGAACAUACGGCAGAAGUAUGGGUUGGGAUUGGUGAUUUGCAGAUUUGCUACAUCCUCUGGAAAAAAGCUUCCAUAAUAUUUCAAAAAGUAUUUUUGGCUGCUACACAUUUCAGGACAAGAAGAAUCAGCAGAACGAGUUUUCUCCAGUUGAUCAUAAGGGACAGUUUACCGUGAUAGAGAAGGGAAAUAUAUAAAAAUAAAUGUAGACUUCCCAUAUAAAUGAGAUUACAGAUGUGCCAACAUAUCCAUCAGUUAAUUGCACUGACGUAAGCUUUCUUGCUCCUCUGCAAAGUAUUGAUUAGAGAAUAUAAAAAUGCCUUAAAUAUAACAUUCUCAGCAGAAUAAACUGAAGUAAUUAACUGAAAUUAAUAUAACUACGUCAUUUAUUCCAGCUGAAAGGUAUUUCUUGUGCGCGGUUCUGUUUUACUUCAGGAUAUACACUGUCAGUUGUGUAAAUGUAACUGAGGGACUUUAGAUUAACAUAAUCUUGCAACCUAAUCACGAAAGCCUUUAUAGAGAAACAAAUCCUAAUACCUAAAGAAAAGCUUUCAGCAUUAACGUUAAGUAAGAGAUUCUGUACAGAUGAGGCAGUGAUUCAGGAUGCAUCAUCGGAUUCAGGAUAAAGCCGUGUUUUUAUUCUUUCAAGUUGUACCACGGAACUCAGAAGUUUGCAGAAAUUGCAAACGAGCCAUGGAGGUGGAAGGUGAGAUCAAAGUGCAAAAACUUACACAGUUCAUAAGUGGUGUGCCAGUGUUUCCUGAAUAUUGCUUAUUACAAUGGAAGGCAGAAGCAAUAAU